UCAUAGACAGGAAUCCCCUAAGUCCGCGAUGAUUAAGAUUGUAUUUGAAGAAUUCGAUAUUUUUCAUUCAAUAGCGUCAACUUUUGUACUCUCUGGAAGUUUCAACUGUUGCGACCGGUUGAGACAUCUUUUGAAUAUUUGGUUAGAAGGGUUAGAAGCGUUAGAAGUUUGAUACAUUAUUACGGUUAUUACUACGAAAGGAUACGUGACAGCUACCAUCUAUUAUAGAUGCUACUGAUGCAUACGUUAUCAAGGUUGUUUAAAGUUAAAGGAAUAUUUCAAACACAUUGCAGUUGGUGCAGGAUGUUUCCAGUUUUCGUGGAGUCACAUAUUGAAUCUGCUCAGCAAGCUGUGGUCAAGCCUUUCCGUGUAUCUGUAGAAGGUAAUAUUGGUGCUGGAAAGUCCACACUGAUCACACACUUCUCAAGCUAUCCUGAUGUAGAUGCACACAUGGAACCAGUGUCUGAGUGGUGCAAUGUGCGAGGUCACAGUCUGCUGGCACUGCUAUACAAGGACCUCAACAGGUACAACUUCAUGUUCCAGAAUUAUGUCCAGCUGAGCCGAAUGAAGACACAAAUGCAGCAUUCAAACAGACAAGUCCUCAUGUUUGAACGCUCCCUUCAAAAUAACAGGUUUUGUUUUGUGGAGAUGGCUCACAACAGUGGUCAUCUUUUAGAUGCAGAGUAUGUUGUCCUGUGCAAGUGGUAUGAAUGGAUACAACAGAAUACUGAUAUCCAUCUUGAUCUGAUUGUGUAUCUUCGCUGUAGUCCAGAAUUAUGUUAUGAAAGAAUCCAGAGGCGCAAACGUCCAGAAGAGAGCUCCAUGUCUCUUGGCUAUCUUCAGGAACUGCAUGAAUCUCAUGAGCACUGGCUACUCCGAAGUAAAACUCGUGCACCCGUACUAGUGAUUGAUGCAAAUAGGGAUGAGGACCAAAUGAGGCAGCUUUAUAUUAGAAACCAGAGCUACAUCCUGGGGCAGAGUAGCAUAAGUUCUGAUGCAGUAACACAGGAGCGAAUUGAGGGAACUGGAAUAGUGUGAUCAGUAAUUUCCAGUUUUUUUGACUAUGGAAUAUUUUUGCUUACAACUAAUACUGCUGGAAGUUCAAACCAAAAAUAUAAAUUAUAAUAAAGUACUCUUUUCUUGUCUUUUCCAUUGUUACUGACAAAAUGAAGUAUUUCCACUGGAUCACUCAUGAUAAUACAUGAAAAACUAGAAGUAAGAUUAGCAUUUCUCUUUUGUCUCACAAGAUGAGAAUUAUCGUGCUAAGAGGUGUUUCAUGAAACUUUGGUUAAUAGUAAACAUAGAUUGUACAAGAUUCAAAUCAUACAAAAGCUACAAGUAAUUGAAAGCCUAAGCAAAUAAGUCCACACUGGACAAUAUAGUUUGAACCAUGCUCUCUCUCACACAUUUGAUAACGUAGAUACAGUUAUCAAAUUUAGGGGAGUGAAAAAGCCAUCCCUUGUUGGGGAACCUGUAUGUAAAAGUCCCAAAGGAAACACUGUGUCCUGACUUUGAAUUUUGUAAAUCAACCAUUUGUCUUUGUGGAAGUGACAGUAAGAGCAACUGUAUGCCUACACAUGAUGGCAGAUUAUUCAAUGUCUCAGGUGCCACAAAGUUAUUUGAUCCAACAAAGUGAACUCAACAUUACACCAACAUAGUGAUUGUCUUCCUAAAUGAGCUAUUUCCAGACAAAUGGUUGAAAGAGGAUGUCCCACUGCAUAGCUUGUUUGGUUAUCAGAUCGACUUCUGUUGAUUUUAUUUUCUGGGGAUAUCUCGUAAAGGAUAUUUGUAACAACUGCAGAGGAAAGAUUAGGCUAUCCUGUCAUAAAAUAUUUGCUGCUUGUGAAUCAGUCACACCAAAGAUACUACAGAACCCUUCACAAAAGGUGGAGUAUCACCUUGAUAUUUGUCAUGCCACCAAGGGUGCACGUGUGAAGAUGUGCAGGACAGUGAAAAUGUGUUCCUACAGUUGUGAAUGAUAACCGUGUACUCGUAUUUCUGUUUAAGAAAUAUAAUUUUGUUGUGGCCAAGAA